AUGGCAGACGACGAUUUGCAAUUCAGCUCCUACAGCCAGCUCUGCAUGGACGCUCGGCUGUAUGACGAGAGCCUGAUGUACGAAGAGGCCCAGAUGUUCGAAGACAACCUGCCGUAUGGCGACUGGUUUUCCUUCGAUAUCAAUAGCAACACUAUUAUGGCAGGCACUCCAGAACUCUGCGACUCACAGCCCGUGUCUCAGUCUGGGGGCUCAGAAGGAGGCUCAGAAGCGAGCUCCCCCGCAACGCCGACGUCUACAGACUCCUUCUUCGCACACCAGACCUCGCCGGCCACCAGCUCAUCUUACUUCCCGUCGUAUGCAAGCGCCAGCACGCCUGCAUCAUCGGCUUACAGCAGUCCGGAUGCCACUCCUAGCCAGGAAGUGGCCUCGCCCUCGGAAUCGCCAACGUUUGCCUCAAGUGGCCGCGACUAUCCAGUGUGCUGCCUCCACCCGGGCUGCGAUGCGAAGCCCUUCAAGCGUCGCGCCGAUCUCGACCGUCACUACAAGCACAAGCACGCUCCUUCUUCUCAGAAGGACUCGUAUCAUUGCGAUUACGCCCGCUGUGGCCGGCGCCGUGACCCCUUUCACCGCCGCGACCAUUUCCGCGACCAUCUGAGAGACUUCCACAAGGAAGACAUUGAGAAGCGUGGGGUUGCCGCCAAGGAAGACUGGUUCGAGGGCCGCAACGCUUCACACACCUGGUGGCGAUGCACCAAGUGUCUCAAGAGAGUCUACAUCAGCCGGCAGGGGCAAAGCGAAAGGAGAUACGCCGGCGAGAGUAACCGAAAGAGACGAGAAGCCCAGAUUCGCACCAGGGCACUGAUCGGCUUCGACCAUAGCGGCGUCAUCAACCACUUACACCCCCCUACCCACCACCCCCCUCUACCGCUGCCUCCUCCUCCUUCUGACUACUUGCAUGACAUCCCACCAAACAGAAGCUGUUCGCUCUGGACGGACUGCGCUCCUUUCCGUCAGAGUUUCGACUUUUACAUCUACCGACAUACCAUUACAUAG